CAGCCUUAGUUCUAUGUUGGUAAGAGGAGUCAUCCGUUCACACUUGAAAUUUUCUUUUGAAAACUUGAUGAAGGGGUUUUUUUUUGAGGAGCUAGGUCUUCUCCCUCAUGUUCAGCAAUUUGCCGAGGAAGAAUUUUUUUUACACAUGAGGUCUUCAUCCUCCUGUUUGGCAAUUUGCCUAUGAAGAUUUUAUACCAAGAAGUUUCCUUGUUGAGUAAGAUUCUUUGCCAAGGAAGUCUCCUUCCUUCUGUUUGGAAAUUGAAAGGCCGAGCUGGUGCGUGCAAGCUCUACUGGGUGGUCGAACUGGCCCGAAUUGAAUCGAGAGACUAAGUUGGUGCAUGCUAUAUCGGGUGGCCAAACUAGUGGUUGUUGAACUGGUAGGACAAACUGGUGGGUGCUCUACUGGGUGGCCAAACUAGUGGGCGUUGAACUGGUAGGUCGAACUAGUGUGUGCUCUAUCGGGAGGCCGAACUAGUGUUGCAUUCGACAAUUUAUCGAUGAAGAUUUUUUCCGAAGAGGUAAGUCUUCUUCUCCUAUUUGGUAAUUUUCCUGAGGUAGAUUUUUUGAGGAGGAAGUGCUCAUUCUUCUCUUAGGAGAUCUUCCUUAUCUAAGAUGAUGACGCGGAAAACUUGUCCUAGAAUUCUAGGAAGAUUUGGAUUACUAUUUUAGUUUAACUUUUAUUUUGUUUAGAAGUUAUUUGGUUAAUUCUAUUCCUAGUUAAAUUGCUGAGUUCUAUUCCUAGUUAGUUUAGAAUUCUUUCAUGCCUUUAAAUAGGCCUCUCGUGUAAUUGUUAUGGUAUUCAGAAAUAUUAGUUUACUUUCCAUACAAUGUUUAACUUUGUGUUCUUUUCUCUUCCUUGGACGACUUCUCCUAAGGAAUUGAGUCUGUAUCCUUUGUGUGGCAACCAGGGUGGUGAAUUAGCCAUUAUUACUCUCCAUAGUGGGCUUUUUAAUCUCACCACAAUUGGAACUCUUGUUCGUUGUAAUGAGAUUUGUAAUCUCGCCACAAUCAACUGAACAAUCCUGCUAUAAUCCGGUGUCAAAUUGGUAUCGGAGCCACAAGAUGCCUCCAUGAAGAAACUAUAAUCGUCCUAUUAGUGACAUAAUGAUUGAAGACCUAGAACAAGAGGUGCACCGACUUCAACAACAACUUGAUCAGUAUAGAAGACAUGAUGAUCAAAAUCAUGUUUCUGAUGAAGAACCUAAAGAAGGAAAUAAUGAAGAGGAAUUCAAUCCUUUUCAUGACAAUGCUGACUCGUCCGAAGAAGAAGCGGCAUGGCUUGCACUUGCACAAAGAGCCAACACGAAAGAUCAAGAUCUAGAAGUUAAGGUCGACAUCCUAGAUUUUCAGGGAAGAGAUCAACCUGAUGAGUUUAUCCAAUGGUUGCAUACAGUAGAACCAGUUUUUAUUAUAAAGAUGCUCUAGAGCACUGCAAGGUCAAAUUAAUUGCCAUUAAGCUGAAGGGAAAUGCUUCUAAUUGGUGGGAAAACCUCAAGCGGCGAAGAGAACGCGAAGGACGUAGUAAAAUUAUAACUUGGGAGAAGAUGCGAAAAGAGUUGAAGCGUAAGUUUGUACCUAAUCACUACCGCCAAGAUAUUUUCUUAAAUUUCACAAUCUUCGUCAAAAGGGCCAAUCAAUAGAAGAAUAUGCCACAAAAUUCGAGCAAUUGAUGAUGAAGUACGACGUCAAUGAACCUGGAGAGCAAACCAUUGCUAGAUUUCUUGGAGGUUUAAGAUCAGAAAUUGCCAAUGUUGUCCAACUUCAGCCCUAUUGGUGGAGCGACAACAAAAUUCUAGAGGAAGCUGGUUCAAGAAUAUGAACAAAGAAAUAGUCUCCAAUCAGAGCACUUCAACAAAAUUUCCAAAGGCUAAUUCAAAAAAAAAAUGAUAAGCGUGAGAAUAAUGUAGAAAGUAGCAAGGCAACCAAUGAUAAAUUUAACCCCAAUACACGACAAUGCUUUAAGUGUCAUGGAUUUGGGCACAUAGCCUCGGAUUGUCCAAGUCGUUGAGUUGUAUCUCUAGUUGACGAAGCUGUGUGGGAUGAAAAUGACGAGGUUGACAAAGGCGAUGAUGAUAAUAAUGAAGAAGUCACAUAUGUUGAUGAAGGAGAGGCAUUGGUAGUGCGCAAAAUCUUAAAUAUUGUCGUUGUUAGGGAAGAAGACUGGAUACGCCAUAAUAUCUUUCAUACACGUUGUACCUCACAUGGUGAAGUUUGUGAUGUAUCAUUGUUGGUGGUAGUUGUGAGAAUGUAGUUGCUUCUAAGAUGGUUGACAAGUUGAAGCUUGAAACUGAAGAUCAUCUGAGUCCUUAUAAAAUUUCUUGGCUACGAAAGGACAACGAUGUCAAGGUCAUGAAGCGAUGCUUAGUUGAAUUCUCCAUUGGUAAGAAUUAUCAAGAUAAAGUGUGGUGUGAUAUUAUUCCCAUGGAUGCUUGUCACUUGUUAUUAGGACGUCCAUGGCAAUAUGAUCGUCAAGCUAUUCAUGAUGGGUACAAAAAUACUUACACCUUUGAGAAAGGAGGAAUGAAGAUUGUGUUGAUGCCAUCGAAAAAUGAAAUUUUAGCUACAGCUAACGAAGAAAAGGAUGAUGUUGUAUCAAAGUCCAUGUUUGCCAGAGCAUUAGAAGAAGCUAAGGUGGCUUGUGCCUUAGUAAUAUUCGAAGAAAACAAGGAAAAUAAAGAGGUCCCAGGUCAAGUACAACACUUGUUAGAGGAAUAUAGAGACAUUAUUCCUGAAACGAUUCCACCUGGAUUACCUUCAAUGCACGAUAUCCAACAUUGUAUUGAUCUUGUUCCCGGUGCAUCAAUUCCUAAUAAAGUUGCAUAUAGAAUGAGUCCAAAAGAGCACGAAGAAUUACAACGACAAGUCAUGGAUCUAUUGGCUAAAGGGUUGGUGAAAGAAAGUGUGAGUCCAUGUACUAUUCCAGCACUACUAGUGCCGAAAAAAGAUGGAUCAUGGAGGAUGUGUAUAGAUAGUCGAGCUGUUAACAAAAUCACUAUCAAAUACGGCUUCCCAAUUCCUUGUCUUGACAAUUAGCUUGAUCAGUUACAUGGGGC